UAAUUUUUUCACUUAUUUUAAGAAUUCCAGCAAAAUAUAUACACUAUUCUCCGAGGUUGAUGCAUUGUUAUUAAAUCCAGAGUAUUUAGGAAUGUAUAAGUUGAAGUGCAAGUGUUUGAAUAUUACGAUUCACGCUCAAAAAGGUGGAGAAAGAAAAGCAGAAGGAAAAGAACUGGUGUCAGAGUCUUGUACUGCGUCUUUCUUCUCUGGAAACAUUUUGGAGAUCAAGCUUGCUGUUGGAGGCAUUAAAAAGGAGGUAGAUACCCUGGUUCGCAGGUCCACGGCAGAGGAUUGGGAUAUUUAUAGAUGUAUCAAUUGUGAAACAGAUGUGUAUGCAAUACAUGCUGUGAAGGGUUUCGACAGGGUUCUGGUCAGCCCACAGCUAGAGAGUGAUGUGGAAGUGAUCAAGAAACUGGAAAGUUCACCUGAUUUUUCACCAGCUUUCAGGAUAAUAUUGAACAAGAAAUCAAAAGAGGCUGAAAACGAGGAAGGUAAACCAGUGUUACUUGGACAGGAUCAACUGACUCAUUCCAUGAAUCUUAUCCAAGAAUUAAUCAAGAAAUACUUAAAGGCAGAGGAAACUGCAGUGAAUGAGAGAAUAAAGCAAUAUACUGCAGAACAAAAAGAAUUAUUUUCCUCUCUAAAAUCCAGGGCAUAUCAAGAUAAAUCAGCUAUUUUUAGUGUUUUAAGUGAUACCGAAGAGCGCUUGAUGCAAAGUUCGAUACACGAAGCUAUGACAGAAACACUGGAGUCAGAUUCUCUACCCAGUAUAGACCAAAAAUAUCCUCAUGGACUUGAAUUUAAGAAACCAACUCCCCUUCCUGUAAAGAAAUCUCAUGUGAAGAGAGACUACCAAUCAAAACCAUCUGGGAAAUUCAUGGCUGGUUCGCCAGGAAAUCAAUCUUCUAACAUGCAAAGGCAUCGACCACCUGUGCAUAAGGUGCAUGUGAAGACGCAGCCUACUGCAUCUGACACCGACCCUAUGUUUCCUCUUGAUGGCUUUACUAAUGACUGUGAACCUUUCUUUGAGUCAGAAGAAGAGGAUCUCAGUAGUGCAGAUAACAGCUUUCAAAGUGAAACAGAUACACCGAUACUCCGUAACAUUGCAGCAGUAAAGAAGCCCCAUGUAUAUUCAACAUCAGUGCCGAUAUCUCUACCAACUGGCAUGAAGACAGCACACUCCUGGGAAGAUGAUGAUGACGAUGAUAAUACUGCUGUACCUGAAUUAAGUAAAAUUGGAGAAUCAAUGAGAGCACUAGCACGAAGUGUUCAAGGAAACACUGAAGACAUGUUUGGAGAAUUACCACGACCAAGAUUAUUCACAGAACCCAGAAUCAAUUACAGAUAGUUGCCAUGGAAACAGAGUUAGCAUAGCAAUAGUGGUAGAUACAGCCUGUAUAUAGAGUAAUAUAUUAAUUUAUUGUAUGGUUUUGGGAAAGUGUAGAUAGGAUACGGUGUACUCUAAUGAUAUGGCAGCAUGUAAUGAUGGAAGAUAAAAAAAAGAUGUGUGCUCACUAAAUACACCAAUCUGGCUACUAUUAUGUCAGGUAAAAAUAUGAAAAAAUCUGGCAAAAGAAGAGUAAUGACAAAUAUUGUUAGGCAAUCCUACAAAAUGUAUGCCUAUGACUAAAAUACAAGGCCAUCUUAGACAAAAGGAUGUCUUAUUGACUACUAUGUAGUCUGGUAUUGUGUACCAUGCAGAGAUUGAGCAAAGAGUUGCAAUCUAUUAUUGCAUUACUUUAUUAUUCAUACCCUACCAUCAAGACUUGUGCGGGUAUGAAUAAUAUGUGCAAAUGCUAUUAUAUCUAUAUAGGCUGUAUGUUCUUUACUAAAUCUGCUAGGCUCCAUUGAGAAGGCUAAAUGAUGGACAAACAAAAAAAUUAAUAAAAAAUUUCAAUUUAUGGAAAAAAAUUUAAAAUUACAUAAUGAAAUAAAAAAGGAGUAUAAUAUUUAGUAACUUAGUGUGAAUAGAGGUGGACAUGGAUUAGUUUGAAUAUUUAAAGUAUAACAGUGAAGAAAUUGGUCCCAAAUAUUUACUGUAGUUAACUUGUUGACUAACAGCCACCAUGUUUGAUAUGCUAUACAGCCAAUGUACCAAUCAUGACAAGGCCAGAGUUUGGGGUAUUCUUUACUGUUACCUAUUUAGUUAAGGCGUAUCAUAUAAGCUGUGUGCACAGUGUGUCAAAUUCUUUUAUUUUAUCACCUUUCUCUAUACUGCUCAUAGAAGUAUUCAUAACAGGAAGUGUGUCAAAGCAUCCUCAGUAAUCCCGAAGUAAGAUUUUGUCUCUUGCAUCCAUAAAAAGAAGUAUUUUUUUCUGGAAGCGAGAAACAAACAACAGAAUCUUACUCCUAGGUUACUGAGGAUGGAGUGAAGACAAUUAAUCUAUGAAAUAAAAGAAUACUAGUCAACCUGUAAUUGAUGGUUUUCUAGGCAGCCAUGUUGGAGGAACUUAACAAAGGAAUUGUCAAUUUUGUUAUAUCCUCCAACAUGGCCACCGUGCCUUUUGUUAUUUAAUUCUCUUGGGAAUGGUUGAAAAACAUCAGUAGUCAAACAAAAGAAAACUGGAAUUUAGGGUCUACUAAUGUGUAGUGACUUCACUCAACUAUGUAAUGUACAUUAGGGCAACAGGUCAUAGAUAGUCUAGCAGGUAUUUACUUAAGGCUUUUUUCAUGUUCACUCUAUUGUUUUUCAAAUAAAAUAUAUUUUAUUUAAUA